ACCAGAUGUCACUUACAGCUUUUGCAAACUCCGCGCCACGGAAGGCAAAACCGAAAACUAGUCCCAAAAAUCUUGCGGGUUCGGUUGAAUCCGGUAUUCAGUCAUCAGGGGGUGAAAUAGUAGGUUAGAACUGGGAUUUCAGUGCACUUUCAAGGCCCACUGGAAUACCAUUUUACAGAAUGAGUCUUCUUCUUGGAAUAAAAUUCUGCUCUUUCAAUAGUCCGGUUGUAAGAACGUCAGUUUCCAUCCGGCGCCUCCAGCAAACUUUUGCUGCUGUAAACUCAUCUAAUGAAAGUACUCAGACGAGAAACAAUGUUGUUCCAGUAUUCAAACAUGCAUCACGAUUCUCCGACAGAACAGCAUUGCAUGAUGCACAUGGGGAAUAUACUUAUCGAGGAUUAUACCUUAGUUCACUACAAUUUGCCAAUCAAAUAACACAGGCAGUCUCUGCAUCUCGACAAGAAAGAGUAGCAUUUCUUAUGCCAAAUGAUGCCAAUUAUGUGAUUACACAGUGGGCGUGUUGGAUGAGCGGACAGAUUGCUGUGCCACUCAGUUCCGCACAUCCCACACCAGUUCUGGAAUAUUAUAUAACAGACUCCGAUGCUAGGGUGCUCGUAACAACACCACAAUUUCUUCCCCUCGUUGAACCUAUCGCAAAAGAUACCAACCGACAAAUAAUCGUUUUGGAUGACACUCUCAGAAAGUUGGCAAUGAAAUUUGAUGGAAAAAAAGCCAAUAAUAAGGAUCAUUUUGAACACGAAUCUGGAGAUUUACCUGAAGCUGGCAUAGAUGGUGAUUUCUAUAACAAUAGCGACGCCUUAUUUAUUUAUACCUCUGGCACAACUGGCAAACCAAAAGGUGUGGUCCUGAGUCACAAAAAUAUACAAGCACAAGUGUCUUCACUGGUCAAUGCAUGGGAUUGGACGGAAAAGGAUAUAAUUUUGCACACACUACCCCUGUAUCAUAUACACGGAAUAGUAAACGUACUACUGUGUCCACUUCAUGUUGGAGCACGUUGUGUUAUGCUACCAAAGUUUGAGGCACCCAGUAUUUGGAGUCAGCUGCUGGCAGUUGAUAUACAAAACGCAGAGCGAGUUAACGUCUUCAUGGCCGUACCUACAAUCUACACAAAACUCAUCCAAGAAUAUGAUCAACGUUUUAGCAAAAAUGAGAAAAUGAAGGAAUACAUUCAUACAGUAUGCAGCAACAAAAUAAGAUUGAUGGUAAGUGGGUCAGCGCCGCUUCCGCAACCAGUAUUCAACCGGUGGGAAGAGAUUACCGGACAUCGUUUAUUAGAGCGAUACGGCAUGAGUGAGACUGGGAUGACACUUUCUAAUCCGCUAAAAGGCAAACGUAUUCCAGGAACCGUUGGUAUUCCACUACCUGGUGUAGAGGUUCGACUUACAAAACCAGAUGCUACUGGAUCUGGAACGGAAGUAUUGCUACAGGGUUCUUCGAAGGGGCUGCAAAAAGGUGGCGAGUCACAGAACGCAGUCAGUGGAAAUUUGGAGGUAAGAAGCGAUGGAGUUUUCACUCGCUAUUGGAACAAACCAGAAGCCACUAAAAAGGAAUUCACAGAAGAUGGAUGGUUCAAAACUGGAGACACUGCACAGUACGAGGAUGGCGUUUACAAAAUCCUGGGACGUAGUUCGAUAGAUAUUAUUAAGACUGGAGGCUACAAAGUCAGUGCUUUGAAUGUGGAAACUGAAAUUCUUGGUCAUCCUCAUGUACAGGAUUGUUCUGUAGUUGGUGUACCUGAUGAAACGUGGGGGCAGAGGAUAGCGGCGGUUGUCGUAUUGCGAGAAGGAACUGAACUAGUCUUACCAGAAUUACGAGAAUUUGCAAAAAAAUCUCUGCCGGACUAUGCAGUGCCUAGCAUACUGAAAGUUGUUGAUGCAAUUCCAAAAAAUGCUAUGGGAAAGGUGAAUAAGGUUGAUCUUUUAAAGACUGUAUUCCCUGAAAAUAAAAUUUAAAUAUGAAUAUAUUAUUGCGCAGAGACGGUCAUUUGAAGAAAGGUAUUUACAUUAACCAACUGGUACUGUUAAACAUCAUUAUUAUACAGUUGAUAUAUUUUAUUUGAUGUUGCAUUUAUUUAGGAUAUGAGUACCUCAUGGUAUAAUGACGAAAAGUUGGUUAAUCAGGUAGUCGAAUAAUGACUAAAAUUGAUAAUGUUCAACGUUCAAUAUUCAAAAUACAUCACUUCCUUGCAUCUCAGUUAGCUAUUUUGAAAAAAAUAUUCCGUCGGACGUUGACUUUGUUAUUACUUAAUUACCGUGCUUACGAUUAGUGGUAAAAACAUUUGUGAUUAGUCUCUUCAGCAUUCAACUAAGGCCGUAUAAAAACGUUCGGUUAUCAAGUAACAUAUGAUUAAAUAAGAGCCCAGGCUAGAGAGACGGAAAUUUCUUUUUUAUUAUUUCGAGUAUUAAAAUAUGCAGAUACCUAAUCAAGUUUCAAACUUUAUGAAAGUUCGAAGCUGUUUGGUAUAAGGUUGUUGGAUGAGAUGUAAGCUGACAAAAAUUUGGUUUUUCAAUGCGUGACACCAUUUAUUUGAUAUUUGUGUUGAGUGAUAGAAAUACCACUCUGUAAUAAAUAAACGGUAUGAAUUUACAAUUA